GAUUGGUUAAUGACUCUACCGGAUUACACUCUGAUUGGUCGGCACGGGCUCGUCAGGCGGUACGUCAGCCUGGUUUGCACUACCAUCAUGUUUCCCCCUCCUUAGUCGGAAAACAGUGCUUUAGGAUGCUGGAGCAAAGCAGCAGCAGCGUAUCAUCAGGACCACAAGUCUGAGUGGGAUGGAGACACAGAGAGAGAGAUUUAAAUGGAGAAGCAGCAGUGUCACCAAAAUAAAUUGGACCUCCCUAUGAUUUUGAAGUGCUUUGCAUUGAAACGCAAACAGCACCACUUCUCACUAAAGUAAUCCAUAUCUGACAAUUUAAUGUCAAAGUGCCCGCUGGAGCAGCUUCAUGCUGCGUCGCUGGGUGGAGCAUGGCUGACAGAGAGAAAGCCUUAUAAGAUCCUGCUCAUCACAGUACACCUACAUGCAGCAUAAUGCCUUCAAAAGUCUCAUGUUUGUACUUGUUGACAGUGGUGUGCUGGGCGAGUGCUCUGUGGUACUUGAGCAUAUCGCGCCCGAACCCCACCUACGUCGGCCACAUCUCGAUGCCCGCGCGUAAGACUGUGAAGCCCCCGAAAAACCUCACCUUCACCAACAUCCGCACCCGCUCCCUCAACCCGCACGCCUUCGAGUUCGUCAUCAGCGAGCCGAGGAAGUGCGAGAGCGUCGCGCCCUUCCUCGUCAUCCUCAUCAGCACCACGCACAAGGAGUUCGACGCGCGGCAGGCCAUCAGGGAGACGUGGGGCGACGAGAGCACCUUCGCUGACAUCCGCGUCCUCACCGUCUUCCUGCUGGGCAAGAACACCGACCCCAUCCUCAACCAGAUGGUGGAGCAGGAGAGCCAGAUCUUUCACGACAUCGUGGUGGAGAACUUCAUCGACUCUUACCACAACCUCACCUUGAAGACCAUGAUGGGGAUGCGCUGGAUCGCCACUUUCUGCCCCAAGGCGCAGUACGUCAUGAAAACAGACAGCGACAUCUUCGUCAACAUGGACAACCUCAUCUUCAAGCUCCUGAAGCCGACCACCAAGCCCAAAAGGAGAUAUUUCACUGGCUAUGUUAUAAACGGGGGCCCCAUCAGGGACAUGCGCAGUAAAUGGUACAUGUCCAGGGACUUGUAUCCUGACAGCAGGUACCCGCCUUUCUGCUCGGGCACCGGCUACGUCUUCUCAGCAGAUGUGGCUGAGCUCAUCUAUAAGACUUCUUUACACACGAGACUGUUGCACCUGGAGGACGUGUACGUGGGGCUGUGUUUACGAAAGCUGGGUAUACACCCGUAUCAGAACAGCGGGUUCAAUCACUGGAAGAUGGCGUACAGUCUGUGCAGGUACAGGCGAGUCAUCACCGUGCACCAGAUCUCCCCGGAGGAGAUGCACCGCAUUUGGAACGACAUGUCGAGUAAGAAGCACCUGAGAUGUUAAGAGGACAUGAGGACCUCUGAACAAAAAAAACUUUUAAACUCUUUUAUUUUUGCCUUUUCUCUACUUUCACAUGUCACCAUACUUAGUAAUGUAAAACAUCGAAGUCUCUAUUUCACAUUGUCUGUAUAAACAGAUGGACUACAUGUUUCUAGCUUCUCUCAUUGUACAAAAUGAAGCCAAAAUUCACUGCCAUAUUGUGCUGAUGAUGUUUUUUUUGGAGUUUGAGUCUGUGCAGUAAAGGUCGCUGCAGAUUUCACGACCCCCCCCCCCCCCCCCCCCCCCACUACCCAAAACAUGUUAAAUGUUACUUAGUGAUAGAGAUCAUUUAGGUCUUGAU